AGAGAAAUACAAAAGAAAAGAAAAGAGAGAAAUGGGUUCUUCAUCGUCGAGAUUUUGGUUAUGUAUGUUCCUCUUCUUCACAUUUGCUUUCCUCUCUUCUGCUCGCAUCAGUGUUUCAUUUCCAGAAAAUGAAAUGACGGUGGUGCCAGAACGGUCAUUGAUGGUGAGCACCAACGACUACGGUGAGCCUUCAGCUAACGGUAGACACGAUCCACCGCAUGGCGGCAGAAGCCGCAGACGUUGAGAGAGGAUAACAAUCUUAUUUUCUUAAAAUUUCCCAGCUCCUCUUGCAAAGUGGCAAAUAAUCUAUAUAUAUAGAAAGCAAUAAAAGUAUUUAAAAAAAAAACGUGUUAUAUAUGU